AUGCCCCCCGCAGAACCCUGGGCAGGGCUGGGCCAUUCACCCACAGCUGCGGUCCCGGAGACUCCCCGCGCAGCCUCCAAUCCCAAACUCGACCCGGUGAAAGACUCAGAGAAAAGCGCGGGGGAUGUGGAGACGACGUGCGUUGACAAGCGCCAUGACUCGAUCGAUGGCGGCUCAAUGAAGACCUACGACCACACCCAUCGCAAGCUGAAGCCUCGCCAUGUGCAGCUCAUUGGAAUCGGUGGGACGAUCGGCACUGCGCUUUACGUGCAGAUUGGUUCGGGGCUGCGUACGAGUGGGCCUGGUAGUCUCUUUCUUGGGUUUGGUCUUUGGAGUGCUGUGAUCUUGAUCAUUACUGUUUGUCUCGCCGAAAUGGUAACCUACCUCCCCAUCUCGUCCCCCUUCAUCCGAUUCGCCGGCCGCUACGUCGACGAGGCCCUGGGCGUCGCAGCAGGAUACAACUUUUUCAUCUUCGAAGCCGCCCUCGUCCCAUUCGAGAUUGUCGCAAUCAGCCUGAUUAUCAACUACUGGACGAGCGUUAUUCCCGUCGCUGCAAUGAAUGUCAUCGUCCUCGUUCUAUACGUUGCGCUCAACGUCUUUGCUGUAAAAUGGGGGAACCCACUCGGCGACCGAUUCGGAUUCAGAUACUGGAACGAACCGGGUGCAUUUGCAGUGUUCUACAAAGAAGGCGACACCGGCCGAUUCCUCGGCUUCUUGGCUGCCGUUAUCACGGCCAGUUUCACGAUCGCCGGUCCAGAUUACGUCUCGAUGGCUGCGGGGGAAACGAUCAACCCGCGCGUCGUGCUGCCCAAGGCCUUUAAUGGUGUUUUCUAUCGAUUGACGGCAUUUUUCGUUCUGGGCGUUCUUUGCGUCGGUAUUCUGGUCCCGUAUAAUGAUCAGACCAUGGCGGAUGCGUUCGAUAAUGAUCGGCCUGGGGCUGCGGCUUCGCCGUAUGUUAUUUCGAUGGAUCGAUUGCGGAUUCCGAUCUUGCCGCAUAUUGUUAAUGCGGUUGUUUUGACGGCUUCGUUUAGUGCGGGUAAUAGUUAUGUUUAUUGCGCCAGUCGCAGUCUUUAUGGGUUGGCUCUGGAAAAGAAGGCUCCGAAGUUCUUGACGAAGUGUUCCAGUCGCGGUGUGCCGAUUUAUUGUGUGGCUGUUGUGCUUUUGAUUGCCCUCUUGAGCUUCUUGCAGGUUUCUAAUGGCGCUUCGGUGGUUUUGAAUUGGUUUGUUAAUUUGGUGACUGCGUCCCAACUGAUCAAUUUCUCCGUCGUCACUUUUACAUACAUCCGGUUCAAGAAAGCGUUGGAUGCCCAGGGUAUCGACCGCAAGACCCUGCCGUAUCGCAGCUGGUACCAGCCUUACAUCGCCUACAUCGCCUGCACUGCGACAACCGUCAUGGCCUUCGUCGGUGGUUACACUGUUUUCUUGCCGGGUCAUUGGUCUAUUCCGACGUUCCUCUUCUCAUACACCAUGAUCGGCGUCUUUCCCGUUCUUUACUUGGGGUGGAAAUUCAUGCACAAAACGAAAUUCCUCAAGCCUGAGGAGGUCGACCUGGUGACGGGCGUGGCGGAGAUUGAGGAAUAUACAAGGAAAUAUGUGCCCAUGCCGCCAAAGAGCACCCUUCACAAGUACAUCGGCAAGCUCUUUGAUUGA